AUGAGUGCCGACGAUAAGAAAAAUAGGGCGACUCAUCCCAGCGAACUGUUCUAUUACGCAGCCCAGCACCAGGUGUUAAUCUGCGUCCCCUGUCAGUAUGCAAUCCAGCCAUCGGCAAUUCCACGUCAUCUCAAGGACAUUCAUCACAUCUACCGUCGGAAACGCGACCCGUUCACUGUAUACGCAAAGACGCUGAAGCUCAAACGCCCGCAGGAUGUGACUCCACCAGCUGGCAAUGAGUUUCCGGUUCCCCAUCUGCUAGUUGAACCCGGAUGGCGCUGCACAUAUUCCACUUGCGAAUACAUGUGUGUUUCAACCAAGAGGAUGCAGAUGCACUGGUCCUCAGAGCAUGGGAGAAGAUGUGACCCCGAUCACAAUAUGGAACCAGUCCAACUGCAGACAUUCUUUCGGGGUAAAUUGCUCCAGUAUUUCACCAACAGUCAUCGGCCGCGAGUUCCUGGCCCGACAGUUAUAACACCUCUGUUACAACAGCAGCUCCAGACAAAGCACAACCUGGACCGCACUGAUCAAAUACUCCUUCAACACUAUUUUGACUCGGCACACAAAAGCUUUGUCACAAAUAAGCAAACAGAGAGUAUCUGGCUGCAACUUGUCCCUCAACUGGCAUAUAAGAACGAGUUCCUUCUGCAUGGCAUACUGGCGUGCGCUGCUCUUCACAUGGCCUACUUGGACUCAGACCAGAGACAGUACGCAAUCCGAGCCUGUGUCCACCAGGAGAUGGCAAUUCCAUCAUUCAGAGAAGCCAUCGGUAGUCCGACGGAACAGAAUUGCGAUGCAAUCUUAGCAUUUGCCUAUUUUCUCGUCGUGUACUCUUUUGCCACUGAUGGGGAAAGUUCACAUAAUUCCUUGCUCCUGAUAAACGACUACUCUGACGGGAAGGGGAAACAGACAUUAAUUAUUCCCCAGUGGCUGCACUUUAUACGUGUGGGCUGUUACAUGCUGCGUGAUGUAUGGGACAAAGUUCAAAACGGGCCAGCCAGCGUUCUCGCAAUGGCGUGGGAAGUGGCCGUGGAUGUGGGUGGCAGUGAGCUACCAUAUCUGGGGCAUUUUAUCGCUCUCGUCCCCGAUGACUCGUCUUGGUCAGAAGAAAGCGUUUCAGUGUACCAUGCGUCUGCUGUCCAGCUGGCCAAGUCAUUUGCAUUCAUGGACAAGAUCGGCAUGGAUUCUGGCGUGAGCACAUGGACUAUUCUCGGCAUGUGGCCCGUCACAGUCGAUGAUGGCUAUAUCGACUUGUUGUAUGAAAGGCAUCCCGGCGCAUUGAUUCUACUGGCGUACUACUGCAUCAUAUUGAAGGAGAUGCAGCAACGGUGGUAUUUUGCAGGACGGGCCGCCAAACUCAUGACUACAAUUGUGGAUUUAUUAGAUGCGAGGUGGAAGCUGUAUAUUGAAGACGCUAUACGCAUAGUUUUAGACGAAGAUGGGUAA